AUGGGUAAGCCGUCCGACGAUGUGGAAAGGGAUGGGAGUGAUGAUGAACAGGGUCCUAAGGGACAGGGUGGUGCCAAUGUGGUGGUGAUCAAACAACAGGUCCCGGAGCCCCAGUGGCUCAGGAGUGAGCCCAUGUCGUUGUGUCAGCUGUUCAUACAGUCGGAGUCGGCCUACGCCUGUGUGGACCUGUUUGGUGGGGUCGGGAUGUGUGAGUUCCGAGACCUCAACCAAGAAGUCAAUUCAUUUCAGCGCAAAUUUGUCAAUGAAUUGAGACGUUGUGAUGAAAUGGAGAGACAAUUGAGUUUAGCACAGUUUCAGAAAAUAGAGACCGAUUUGAUCGGUGUUAUCAAUACAUCGGCCGAUUUGAAGCGAAAUUACUUGGAGUUCACAGAACUUCGAAACAUACUUAAGAAAACGGGUCAGUUCUUCGAGGAGGCACAGGAAGCGGACUCAACCACUCGCAAGGAAAUCCGUAGAGUUUCGGUGGUCGACCCGAGGCUUAUGCGGCGAUUCUCUAGCGUUAACCAAGAGAUUAAUAUACCAUUAGAUCCCGUCACUGAUAUUAAUUUCAUAGCCGGCACAAUUUUGCGACAAAAGUUCCACUCAUUCGAGCAGAUGUUAUGGCGGGUCUGCAGAGGAAAUAUAUUCCUGAGACAAGUGGACAUCGAUGAGCGCCUGGAGGACCCGAAAACGGGCGAAAUGCAAGCCAAAUGCAUAUUUAUAAUCGUGUUUCAGGGCGACCAGCUUAAGAAUAAGUGCAAAAAGAUUUGCGAAGGAUACCACACGACACUAUACCCCUGUCCGGAAAUGCCGGGCGAGAGGGCAGAGAUGCUGCGGGGGGUCAACAACCGACUCGAGGAGCUACAGAUCGUGAUGAAGGGCACGGAGGACCACAGGACCCGCAUAUUGGUAGCCGUGGCUAAGAAUCUGCUCGAAUGGAAAGUUAUGAUCCGGAAAAUGAAGUCCAUUUACGAGACGAUGAAUAUGUUUAACAUCGACGUGACGUCCAAGUGUUUGGUGGCCGAGUGCUGGUGUCCCGACAUAUUCAUACCCAAA